AAAAUGUGCGUAGGGCUCCAGAUUUGCUAGGACGGUCCAGCCCUGGGCAAGGUGUCUGUUCUUUGUUGUAAUUCCUGUACAACACUUGAGGCAAACCCUAUACAAUCGCAGGAUGGUUUUCCCUUAAAUAUUGAUAACAUAUACCGUAUAGGCUACUGAUAACUAGCAAUAGACAAAACUACUGUACAAAACAGUAGCAACCAUACUGCUUAUAAAGUAGCCUCGCUGGUUGUUUGACUUGGGCGGCAGUUUAAAGACACAGUACUGGCGGAGCUUUUCCAAAGCCAACGAGUUCACUUGGAUAAUAAUGUAAGACCAGGAUCAAUCCAAUCUUCGCUACUGGAAGUAAGACGCAUACAGUUCAUGGUUUGGGUGGGGGGUUGACUCACUGGACGAUAAGGAGUGAUCACCGGGUGUGUGUACAGGCACAGUGCUAACCGAGCGAUUUCGUUGUGGUACCAGCUGUCAAUCUCUUUCACGUGAUCUCAGAUGCUACAGAUGUCCUGAUGUCUGCAUGUGGGAUUUAGCCACAGUACAACGCAGUCAUAAGGGAAGUAGAACUGUGUCAACAGUACCAACCCUGCAGUCUAACGUGUGACUGUCUUUCAGCAUGGCCAGCAUGUUCGACAUUGACAUAGAGACGGAAGAUGUCAGCGAGGCAGAGGAUGAGGUGUGUGACUUCACCGUGGCAGAGACAGACAUUGUCCAGACGGAAGAAGUGGAGCUGACCAGUGCCACCGUCAACCGAGACAGCGAGCGAGUCGGACCUGAGUGCUUCGAGCUGCUCACCGUCCUCGGGAAGGGGGGCUAUGGCAAGGUGUUCCAGGUCCGCAAAGUCCAGGGGGGACAAACAGGGAAGAUCUUCGCCAUGAAGGUCCUAAGAAAGGCUAAGAUAGUGUGUAAUGCUAAAGACACAGCCCACACGCGGGCCGAGCGAGAGAUCCUGGAGACGGUGAGACACCCGUUCAUCGUGGACCUGCUGUACGCCUUUCAGACGGGCGGGAAACUCUACCUCAUCCUUGAGUGUCUGAGCGGGGGCGAGCUCUUCAUGCAGCUGGAGAAAGAGGGCAUCUUCAUGGAGGACACUGCGUGUUUCUACCUGGGGGAGAUCACUUUGGCCCUGGGUCAUCUCCACUCUAAUGGAAUCAUCUACCGAGACCUCAAGCCAGAGAACAUCAUGCUGAAUCACCAAGGUCACAUCAAGUUGACGGACUUUGGUCUCUGCAAGGAGUCCAUCCACGAUGGGGCCGUAACACACACCUUCUGUGGCACCAUCGAGUACAUGGCUCCAGAGAUUCUGACCCGUUUGGGUCACAACCGGGCAGUGGACUGGUGGAGUCUUGGAGCUCUGAUGUACGACAUGAUGACCGGCUCGCCCCCCUUCACAGCAGAGAACAGGAAGAAGACCAUCGAUAAGAUACUCAAGUGUAAAAUCAACUUGCCGCCAUACCUCACUGUGGACGCCAAGGACCUCAUCAAGAAGCUGCUGAAGAAGAGUUCUGCCCAGAGACUCGGCUCCAGCAACAUGGACUGUCUUGAUAUACAGAAACAUCCGUUCUUCCGACACAUCAGCUGGGACGACUUGCUCAACAAGAGAGUAGAGCCGCCCUACAGGCCCCAGCUGAAGUCGGAUGAGGACGUCAGUCAGUUUGACAGCAUCUUCACCCGCCAGACGCCGGUGGACAGCCCCGACGACACCUCCCUCAGCCACGGCGCCCAGCAGGCCUUCGCUGGCUUCACCUAUGUGGCGCCGUCCGUCCUGGAGAGUCUGAAGGAGGGGUUCUCCUUUGAACCGAGAGCACGGACCAGACGACAGAACAGUAGCCCCCGCACGCCCAUCAGCCCACCUAAAUUCUCUAUGGCCGGACCCUUCAAGUCCAGCAUGGAGGGAGAGCACUCCCCCCCACCAGCCCAAGCCCCAGCCACAGCAUCGCUGGACAACGGCUCAGCCUCUCAGCCAAUCAGGACGCCUGCCAGGAACAAGAAGCAGAAGGCCCAUCGCAGAUGAACGACUGGUGGACCAAUCACGGCACCAUCUUCCCUUGAUUGACAGUCCCCUGUGUGAGGGUUGGCCCUAUGGGGCGGGAUCAGGCUUUGACUGUAAAACCCUCCAAUUUUUGUUGUCAUGGCAACAUUAUAAUUAAUGCAAUGUUUUCACAUCUCUCUAAGCUUGUUGGUGUCUAUGUCGGGCGUGGCUUCCUUUUGCAAAGGAGGUGUGGUCUAAUAUGUGGGUGUGGUUUGUUUGAGUGGGCAUGGUCUCUUUCAGAUGACCGGGCCAAUUAAAACACACACACACACACACACACACACACACACACACACACACACACACACACACACACACACACACACACACACACACACACACACACACACACACACACACACGAUCUGGUGUGAACCGGUUCUGUGAGCAGCUUGUAUAAAAAUUAUUUUGAGUACAUCAGUAAAGUAUUUUUGGCUAGCGGUGUUCAAGGACUACGGGGUCCUUCCCUCUCCCCCUAAUCGCCCUGCAUUCAGUUCACUGAGGGACAGGUGUGUCCCACCGAUACUGCAAUCAGCAGGUGGCCAGGUGGGAGCCAACGAGAGGUCAUGCCUGCAGUAGCAGGUGGUGAGGCGUCCCGUUAUACUCUGGCUGUUUUCCUGGUCGGUGGUUUCACUGAGGGCCAACACCACGAUGUGAUACCAGGGGAGGGGGCGGUCACCACCUCUCCUCUCGCACGCUGCCUGGCGAGUGGCGACCCCUCUCUCCCACCUGGCAUCUCUUGCAGGGUAAGUCAGGUCCUGCGGGGAUCGUAAGGCAGGAAUGUAUCUGAGAUAUAGAACGUUUGUAAAGAAUAAAACGUGCCCCUCUGUGAUACAAAUAUUUUAUUGGCCCUCUCACCGUUCCAAGAGGCUGCUAAUUGGACAAGGUUGAAGGUGCAGGUUUGAUUAAUUUAUGUCAAAGGAGUAAUCCACCGGACAAAUCUUUUUCUGUACUUACUCGAGAACUAAAUAUUUUGGAACAUUUAGCAAUCAUUAUGGAAAAUUGUGCCAAAAAUGUGAAAGCCCUCAUUCUCAGGCUUCUAGAUAGCAACGGUUUUCUAAAGGGCUCAUGCAUUGUACAGGAGCAUAAAUAUGUUCUUGAUAGUAAUGGCGUUUUGGUCAUUGUUUAGUAAUUGAUCUGGAAAUGAUUUGUCAUUAUGGGAAGUUGUGUUUGAAACUAGCACCUAAUUUCUCAUGAGAUGUGGUGCAAAAAAAGUUGUUAUUGGGUUCCCGUAUAUUUACGUUUCGUUUGGAUUUUACACCACUAUACAUUUCUUCAGCCAUCACAAAAUGGCGGAGCAUCGCCACCAGAAAGUCCUGUGAUGCAUUCUGCUACAAGCCAAAUGCACAGCAUGGUGGGAGCCCAGUCCAUGGAAUCGUUUUUACCGUUGCAUGAAAUCAGUCAUUGUGUAUUUAUACAUAGAAUUAAACUAAUGACAUGCAGAAUCAUAUAUCAAAGGGAGGCUGAAUUCCCGGUUAAUAGUAGGCCUAUAUAUAGCCUACCUGAUGCAAGACCGACUGAUAAGCAUCAUAAACCCGACAUCCCUUUGACUGCAAAUAGGCUAUAGAUCAUGCCUUUAAGAGGCUCAAACUGAUGAAGAUAAUGUACCCUGCACCAGAUGUCAUCAGAAUCCGCUUUUAUGUAGCCAAUCGCUGGGGGCUAGCUGCUGUCAACUUUUUUGGUAGUAGUUGUGAUUUGCAAUGGGUUAUGGCAGGUAACCGUUAACGUGGUAAACGGUACCUUGAGAUGACCGCAUCUGUCUACUUUGAGGUUGAUUUAAUAAAAUACGAAUGUUGGAAAGUA